UCCUCCUCCCCCCGGGCUCAGCACGUGACCGAGUUGCCAUGGCGACGAGGCGACGCGGGGCUUCGGCCCUGGGCCAGUGUGCGAGCGCCGUGUGCGAGGGUCGCCAGGACGCGGCGCUCGCUCUGCACGGCCUCUGGCACACGACCGGGACAGCCAGACCUUGCCUGGCAGAGUUCCUAGAGCUCAACCUGUUUGGAGAGAACAAGGCAACGCAGACGGAGGCGAGCGACAUCUGCGCUCUGCAGGAGCUCAGGGCCACUGUUCGCACGCUCACGAUGAGGCUGAGUGAGCUGGAGCAGGAGCUGCAGCUGCAGAAGCGCUUCCUGCGGGCCGAGUACGAGGAGAACAUUCGCGACAAAGCCUCAGAGCUGCACGCGGCGCUCAACCAGAAGCUCAGACAUUUGGAGACGCUGCACGAGGAGAGGCUGAACACUGCCCGGAGGAGUUUCCGACAGCAGCUGGAUGAUGCCCUGGUGCAGCGCGAUGGUGCGCACAAGGACUCGCAUGGGCAACGACAGGCCGAAGGAGGAUGCCCGGCCGGCUCGGACGCGAAGCUUCAGGUGGCGCGGCUGCGGGAGCGUCUGGAGGAGCAGGAGGCACUCGCGAAGCGGCUGACACUGCAGUUGGAGGCUCUGAGGGAGGAAGAGGGAGAUCAGCCCUCGCCCACACCGCCGGUGGACACCACGGAUCUCGAAGAGGCCGCGCGUCUCGCUGAGGAGAACAUGGCGCUGCAGUUGGCCUUGUCGGCCCUGCAGAGCCGCGUAGAGGCAUCUCACAGUGCAUUGCUGGCCAAGGAACAGCAGAGCACGGAGCUCGAAAAUGAGAUAGUUAAAAUUAAAGAGAAGAUGAACAGGCAGUGUUUGACACUGCAAGAGGAGCGCGAUGGACUGAGGGCAGCGCUGGAGAGGGAGCAGGCGCUCCACAGCUCACAGCUGCAGAAGCAGAGAGAGAGCCUGGAGAAGGAAGCCAAGCAGAGGCUGUCGUCGAUGAAGAUGGAGCUGCGGGCCGAGAAGCAGAGGACAGCCGAGGCCGAGGCACUGGCCAAGCGAGAGGCGGCGGAAAAGGAGGCGGUGGAGUCAAAGAAGAGGGAGGUGGAGCGAGAAUCCCUGUCCCUCAAAGAUGCUCACCGGGCUGCCGAAACGGCGCAGGCCAGCGCCGCGGCCAGGGCCUCUGCUAAAAGCAAACGAGAGUCUCCAAGAAGCUGGGAAGGAGGAGCGGAGACGGAAGACCAGAGGGCCCAGAUCACACGCCUCAUGAAGCAGCUGGAGAGGACAAACAAGAUGUGGGAGCAGAAGUUUGCCGUGCUGCAGCAGAGUCUGCAUGCCGUUAAGGACGAGAUGUUUCUGAGGACCUCGCUUCAGCGGCAGGCGGCUAUCUUGCACCAUGCCGCCGUUGGCUACACGCCUUACGUCAGCCAGCAAGUUUCCUCGCCGAGUGGAGGUGGCGGAGGAUGGAAAGGGACCCCUGUUGGUUCGCGUGAUUCACUGUGGGGCUCAGGGCUGUUCUUGGGUACACAGGAAGAGCCAUGCCCCCUCCUGACUCGUCCGCCUGGGUCCCCAGCCACCGCCAAGUAACCCUCACAGUCAUGUCUACGUUCAUCUGGCACGGGGUCUGUGCCUGGUGUUGCAUUGUGCUGGUGUGGACACAUUUAUCGCAACCAUUCACGCUGCAGUUUUACACCUUCCAAACACAAAACUCAACAUCCACUCAAUAGCCAAAGCACAGAACUCAACAUUCGUCGUUUAGCUUCGACCUAGCACCCGCUGUUAUUUACACUUCAGAGAAACAUUAACAACGAUGCCGGGUUUCACGUGACCCUCGUGAUUCAUAAUGGCUGGCUUUAGAACCGCAUGGAGCCAUUCCUUUUAAUCGCUGAGAAUUUCACUGAAUGCAAAGUGGAAGACCUUUGGAGAGAUAAAGAGGGCAGAUCAAACUGAAAACCUGCAGGAGCAUUGUAUCCACUUCAAGUGAGACAUACUUGAGUAAAUUACUUUUCAAAUGUCCUUUACCUUUGUCCCAUUGUGCAGAAACUGGGACCUAAUUCAAGUGCCGGCAGGAGAUUUCUGCCAAAUUAGCAUUUAGCCAUUGUCCCCCCAAAUAUUGGCAGAAAGUAGUCUUUAGCCAUCAUGAUAAUUAGUAUAGGCCUCUUAUCUGGUUAACUGGACAUCUGAACUUGUGAGUUAUAUUUCAUUAUGUGAAUCUGAGACCGCCAGCCCUUUUAACUUAUUUCCACAAUCAACGAAUUAUUUCUGGGCGAUACGGGCCAAAUGCAUGUGAUGACUACCAAUCUUGUGUUUGUUGAUUAUGGAUGAUACAAUUCCUCGUGCUUUUUUCGUGUAAGGGGCUGCAACCUGUUAAUAUUGACUCAGCUGCAUGAGUCAGCGUCGUGUCUCGAGCCUUCCACGUCAACGCGUUCUCCCCCUUUCAGUUGUAAAUUCAGUUGGAGGAUUUUACCAACAGUCUCACUUCAAAACCCACGCUGUCUCGUUCGUCUGAUCCGAGUGACAUGUUUUUCUGUAUUCGAAAGUGGCCAUGGUGUAAUCCUAGCCUCCAAGGGCAUGUGUACAUACAGUGAGGGAAAAAAGUAUUUGAUCCCCUGCUGAUUUUGUACGUUUGCCCACUGACAAAGAAAUUAUCAGUCUAUAAUUUUAAUGGUAGGUCUAUUUGAACAGUAAGAGAGAGAAU